GCUACGUAAACCGUUCGGCGCAAAAAUUCAAACGCUGUACAGGAAGAAAUUUGCUGCUUGUUCUUUCUGUCAUAUUACAACUUAUAACGGGUCUACAUAAGUCUCCGUCGGAUUUAAGGCAAUUCUCGCAAAGAUGAGCGCAGCCUCCACACCCGUCUCCCGGGUACGACCAGGAUGGAUGUCAUCCUGUUUGAAGAAUAAGGGUCUGUCCCCUGCAGGCAGCAGCACUCCACUGCUGUCAGCUUUCCCUGGAAACGAUGAUGAGCAGGAGCGACGUCAGCGUAGGAGGUCAAGAGUCAUUGACCUUCAAGCUGCAAGUGAUUCCUCCUUAAAUGACUCUGCAUCUCACAGCACUGUGGGAACUCCUGCUGCCGUGCCCAAGUUGUCAAAUGCACAGAUCUCAGAGCAUUACUCCACCUGCAUAAAACUCUCCACUGAAAAUAAAAUCACCACAAAAAAUGCAUUUGGUCUGCAUUUGAUUGAUUACAUGGCUGAUAUUCUCAAACAAAAGGAUUCAGAGCUCACCAACUUCAAGGUGGCAGCUGGCACUCUGGAUGCCAGUACGAAAAUCUACGCUGUGAGAGUGGAUGCUGUUCAUGCUGAUGCCUACAGAGUGCUGGGUGGUCUGGGUGCUGAAACCAAACCUGGAGAGGGCCAUGGUGCAACAGAGGAAGAUGGAGAUGAUGCAGGACUUGCAGGAGGUGAAGUCACUGCCAAACAGCCAAAGAAGAAAAGGCCUCCCAAGAAGACAGUAGAGCAAAACCUCAGCAACAUCAACAGUGCUGAGUCUGAAAGGAGAUGUGAGGUGGACCCCAUGUUUCAGCGGAUGGCCUCAUCCUUUGAUGAGAGCAGCACAGCUGGGGUCUUCCUGUCAGUUCUUUUCAGUGAGAGCAGUCGCUGCGAGCUGCUCUUUCCAUCCCACAUGACCCUCCUGCAAUCCAGACCUGCCUACUCUCCUCCAUCUCCACAGGGGGUCCCAGCAUCCCCAUUCAUGGCUGGACUGCAGCGUUCCCAGGAGAAAAGCUCCGUCUGCCCCUCACUGCAGGACUUCUCGUUCACUAGCUGGAAUCCGGAGCAGACCAUGAAUCAGCUCUUAGAGAAGAUGAAGCAGGGCGAUCAUGUGUUUGACGUGAACAAUGAGCCUGAGCCAGAGCCAGAGGAAGAUGACUGUCCUGACUUUGAUGGUGACUAUGAGGAGGGAGUGGGUGACUGUGAGGAUGGAUCAAAGGAACACAAGGAGGGUUGUGAGCCCUCUGGCAAAAGAAGGGAUGUGAUUCCCAUUGGAGAGGGAGACAUCGCCACCAUGUGCUUGCAGCUGUCCUCUCAGCCCAGGGAGUAUUCAUACUUCAGCCCCAGGACCAUGGCCACGUGGGCUGGACCUGGCUACUGGCAGUUCAAACCGAAACACAAGUUGGAUCAUUUGCCUGAAAAGGAGACACGUAAAAGGAAGCCCAAAAAGACCUUUGAAAUAGACUUCAAUGACGAUGUCAACUUUGAUACCUACUUCCGAACAACAAGGGCUGCCACCACUAACACCAAGUCUGCACUUAGUGCCAGAAGUAAAAAAACAACUCUACCAGCAGAUUUCCAGUUUCCUCCAGAGACGCUCUCCCAGCUCAGCCUCAAACCCUCCAGCACAUUAAGUCCAGAAGGACAGAAGAGGCUGUCUGCAGAGCUCGGAGAAGGCAUUGGAGAUUAUGACUACAACAACGCCAAUGACACAGCCAACUUCUGUCCAGGUCUACAGGGAGGUGACAGUGAUGAUGAUGUUGAAGGGUUUGCUGGUUCAGAUGACACACAGCCUUCGAGUGACAGCAUGCCUCUGCCCUCACAAGAUCUCGAGGGCGUGUCCACCUAUGGGGAGGAGGAUCUGGUACCUGAGCCACACAGGGUCAACAAGAUUGAAAUCAACUACGCCAAGACAGCAAAGAAAAUGGACAUGAAGAGACUCAAGAACAGCAUGUGGACUCUUCUGAUUGACAGCCCAGAAAAACCCACAGAGGGGGUGGAGACUGUGGAGAAACCUGAAGUGUGUGGAGAGAAAGUGUUCAGUCAGACCACAAAGACGCUGCUUCAAAGAUUACCAAACACAAUGGCUCAGAACCUGUCAGUGGCACUGGCGUUUGUCGCUUUACUUCAUCUUGCCAAUGAAAAGAAUUUGGAGCUGGUGAAGGUUGAUGACAUGUCAGAUAUCAUCAUCAAACAAGGCCACUGAGGGAAUUAUGAAUCAUAUGAGGCUUACUGCUACUCUUUUCUUCAAUUCUCUUCUUUUUCAACUCUUUACUUUGUAUAUUUUUUUUUUCUUUUUAAACGCUGUCCUGUUUCUAUCUCCCGUCUCUACCUGCUUUUAUUCUUUAUAAUUAUAGUAUGUUUGUUUCUCCUUUUAGUUUGUGCAAUUGAUGCAUAUCCUGUGUGUAGCUAAUUACUCAACAGCACACAAAAAAUGUACAUUGUGAACAGAAAUAAAAGCUUUUUUUUCUCAAAUCUGAUGGAGAAAUUAAAUCCAAAACAUGUUACCCCACA